GAUCUACGGCCGGGGGAAAGCGGACUAUAAAGACGGUGGCGUCCUGGGGGAAACAUCCAGUGAAGUCUGGACUUCGACCAGGUAUCGGAGUCACCCCGAGACAUGAAACUAUUGAUCCCUAUUUUCGUGGGCCUCUUGGCCGUCGCCUCGUGCGAGGAGGCCAAGGAUACGGAAGCUCAAGAGUCUACCGUAGAGAAGAAACAGGACAAGCGAGGACUGAGUCACUACGAGGGUGGCAGCUACGGAGGCGGUGGUGGUGGUGGUGGUGGUGGUGACUACGGCGAGGGACACGAGAUUUCUCUAUCUGGGGGUGACGGAGGUGGAUACGAGGGUGGUCACGGCGGUGACUUGAGCUACGCGAGUGGCUACGGAGGCGGUUACGAAGGGGGUGGCAAAGUAAAAAUAAUCACUAUCGAGAAGAGCGUGAAGAUUCCUUAUCCAGUCGAGAAGAAGGUUCACUACCCAGUAGAAAAAGAGAUACCGUACCCAGUCAAGGUUCCCGUGCCACAGCCUUAUCCAGUGGAGAAGAAGAUCCCAGUACCCGUGAAGGUUUACGUUAAAAUACCAGUACACAUUCCACAACCGUAUCCAGUGGAGAAGAAAGUACCAUACCCAGUUCACGUGCCUGUGGAAAGGCCGGUACCGCACAAGGUCUACGUACCUCAACCGUAUCCAGUGGAGAAGAAGAUCCAUUACCCCGUGAAGGUUCCAGUACCACAACCGUACCCCAUCGAGAAGCCCGUGCCCUACCCCGUCAAAGUCGUCGAGCACGUACCGCAACCCUUCCCGGUGGAGAAAAAAGUACCGUACCCGGUACACGUGCCCUUCGACAGACCAUACCCUGUCCACAUCAGUAAACCGUACCCUGUCCCAGUCGAGAAGCAAGUACCGGUGCCCGUCGUGAAGCACGUGCCCUACCCUGUCAAGGUUCACGUCGAUCGACCGGUAGCAGUGCCCGUGGACAAGCCGGUGCCUUACGAGGUCAAAGUACCAGUACCUGCGCCUUACCCCGUGGAGAAGCACGUACCGGUACCGGUCGAAAAGCCCGUCCCGUACCCGGUCAAGGUACCCGUCGAGCGACCAGUGGCGGUCCCGGUGACGAAACACGUACCUGUGACCGUGCACAAGCCCGUGCCGGUACCAGUUAAAGUACCGGUAGCCGUGCACCAUGGUCACGACGAAGGAUACAGCGGAGGAGGUUUCGAGGGUGGCAGCGAGGGUGGUAGCUACCAGGGUGGCCACGAGGGUGGCUACGAAGGUGGCAACGAGGGUGGUGGCUACGAAGGCGGCUACGAAUCCAGUUACGGAGGUCACUAAGAGAAGGAUCGAUGGAUCCGAUCGACUCGUCGGAUUUUAUUCGAGGUUUGAAUCCGACCUGGUGUAUUUAUUGUAACUGAUAGAUUCUUUCUCAAUAUCGGCUGAGGAUUAGUAUCUAUGUAUUAGGCGACUUUUGUUUGACCAGGAGUAGAACACGAGAGCGAAAAUAGUCGUAAGUAGACUGCGGAUCUUCGCGCAAAAUAGAAGUUGUAAAUGAUUGAAUGGGUCGAUCAAAAGUUAUGGGAUGCCUUCCAGUCAGCGAUUUAUUUAGAACGUAGCGUUUUGAUACCCUUUGAUACCUGAGUAUACUAAGAAUACACACACACUGUAUAUGUACGAUUUACUGUACGAGGAUUCUAUGCGUCUACUGGUCGAGCGGUUUGUAAAAAGCUCGAGUCGGUGGACCCGUACCAUGUCUUUCGCUUCUUUCUAAUAAAACCAAAGAGCAAAAAUCGACGGUCUCAUAUCAUUCUAUCAUUACCUA